AUGAAGUAUUCAUUUCUUGGAAAUAUCCUCCACAUGCUCCUAGCAGCAACAUCAUCUCUAGCACUGCCACUAGAAAAUAGCCAACCAGCAAACACGACGUCCGCCGAGGCAGACCUCCUCGCAGUAUCACCCCUACCAAGGCUGGCCAUCUACUUCCAGACGACGCACUCGUCCUCAACGGGGCGGCCAAUCUCCAUGCUGCCGCUCAUCACCGAAAAGGGCAUCGCGCUGACGCACCUUUACGUCUGUACGUUGCACGUCAACUACGACGGCGUGAUUCACCUCAACGACUUCCCUCCUGAAAACCCGCGCUUCGCCACGCUUUGGCGCGAGGCCGAGGUUCUGCGCAACUCGGGCGUCCGCGUCAUGGCCAUGGUGGGCGGCGCCGCCGAGGGCUCGUUUUCCAGCCGCACGCUGGAUGCCCCCGACGGAGACCCGAAUUUCGAAAAGUACUACGGCCAGCUCAGGGACGUGCUCCGCGAUUUCAAGCUCCAGGGCUUGGAUAUCGACGUCGAGCAGCCCAUGUCGCUCCGCGGCGCCAUCCGGCUCGUCCGCCGCCUCAGGGAGGAUUUUGGGCCCGACUUCAUCAUCACCCAGGCGCCCGUCGGGACGGCGCUCAACCGCCUUGGCGCGCCGAACCUCUCUGGCUUUUCGUACCGGGAUCUGGACAUGGCGGUCGGUGGAAGCAUCGAAUUCUACAACGCGCAGUUUUACAACGGCUUCGGGGACAUGUCGACGACGGCGGCGUACGACUCUGUCAUCUCGGCCGGCUGGGAUCCCAAGAGGAUCGUGGCGGGUCAGAUCACCACCCCGGCCAACGGGCAGCAGUGGGUGCCGUUUGACGAGCUCAAGCAGACCAUGGAUGAGCUGCGGGCCAAGUACGGCGAGAUUGGUGGCAUCAUGGGCUGGGAGUACUUCAACGGCAAGCCUGGUGGCGAGGAGGAGCCCUGGGAGUGGGCGCAGCAGAUCACCGCCAUCUUGAGGCCUGACAUGCCGACCACCUUGACCGUCAGCCAGGCGGAUGCGGAUGCGCUGGAUGAGGCUUGGGCGGUCAGCGUAGCGGCCCAGCCGAGGAUGGCGCUGGCGCCCACUGGAUUCGAUCCCGAGACGCCGGAUGUUGACUAUCAGGCUUUGGUGAAUGCUUGA